AUGUCUGCGCCAGGAGGCGCUCCCAGCCCUGCGCCGCGGGGCGGCAGCAUGGGACCUGGCGCAAAUGGAGGCAACAUGCCCAUGUCGUCGCAACAGCCCAUGUCUGGAACUCCUGUACACUCGGCACCUCCCCUGGUCCACCACCUCCGCAGAGUGGUGCUAUGUCACAACAGAAUUUGA